AUGAGUACCGUGUGGGCACGAUGCGAAGGAGCUUUCAUCGGACAUGCUAUUGCAUCUCAGUAUGAUCCGUCUAUCUUUAUGGCAUUAAAUGUAGCCGAAAGUCUUAUUCAAUUCAAAGAAUAUAAUGGACCAGACAUUCUCGCGAGGCACUUGUACUUAUAUCAUACAAAACGGUGUGAAGUUGGUGAAAUCACGAAGUAUAUCUAUCAAGCAGCAUCGACAAGUAUUAGUUCACGAUCACCGACUAGUCGAGAAACUUUUCGUUUUAAUCCAACGAUAAUCAAUGGAUUCGUACAAUCAGCGCAUGACAAAACCGGUGGAUAUACCGCUAGUUGUGGGCCAGCACAACGCUCAUAUCCAUUGGCUUUUUGUGCAAAUAUUACAGAUGAUAAUCUAGUUGAUGUAGCAAUGCAAGAAGCUAGAUUAACUCAUCAAAGCCCUAUAGCAGGUCAAGUUGCUGUAAUUGUAAAUAGUAUUUGCCGAUCUCUUCUUCGAAAUCACAAUUGGCAAGCCGCUGUGAAUUCAGCAUUUACACAAGCACGCCUGCACGACGAUGUGAAAAAUAUUCUAAUGCGGCACGGUCGCUGGCCAAAUCCUCUUGUGGAAACACACCCAGCAUAUGCACCGACGAUACUGAAUAGUGUCCUGCACUAUGUGUCGGCAUCGAGAAGUGCUGCUGAAGCGUUGGAACUUGCGAAAUAUGCGAAAAAUAAACAUUAUUGUCUACCAAUUGUUGGCAUAUUAGCUGGAGCACGAUGGGGAGUACCUGAGGACAUGUAUAGGUCACAUAUGGACAAUUUGGAUCUGACAGCAAUGCGAACAGCAGCUAAUAAGUUAAUCGAUCUUUGGCCUGUUAGUCGUACUGAUGUAUCUGUUUGA